GCAUUGGGGGCGUGUUAUUUCUCUUGGGACAGCUCUCGCUCUCGCUUUCUCCCCAUUAAACCCGUUUCUCGUUCUACCUGUAUCACCUUUGCAACAGUCGGGAAUUACACGUUCAACCAUGGCGCUCCAAGCGAGGGCUAUCGUCGCAUCCAAGUGGCUUCUCGAUGCCGUCAAAGACCAAGGGGUCGGACCAAAACUCCGCGUCUUGGACACGUCUUGGUACUUACCCAAACUCAGGCGCAACGCCAAGAGCGAAUUCAAAAAGAGGCAUAUCCCGGGUGCAGCCUUCUUUGACAUAGACCAGUGCUGCGACAAAACAUCUCCGCUGGAUCAUAUGCUGCCGUCCGAGCGCAUUUUUGCAGAUUAUGUUGGAAAUUUGGGAAUUGGAAACGAUACGCACGUUGUGGUCUACGAUGCUAGCAACUUCGGCGCGUUCUCUGCGCCUCGAGUUUGGUGGAUGUUCCGAGUUUUCGGCCACAGUUCUGUCUCGGUUCUGAAUGGAGGACUCAAAAACUGGGCGAAUGAGGGACUUCCAGUGAGUGACCGGUACUCCCGACCCGAGCAGACCGAAUUUAAGGCCUCUUUGAACCGAUCCUGGGUGAAGACGUACGAGGACAUCCUGGAUAAUCUGGAUAGUAAAGAAUUUCAGGUGGUCGAUGCCAGACCAGGGGGGAGAUUCAGAGGGGUGGAUCCAGAACCCAGAGACAAUACUGAGCCAGGACACAUCCCUGGCUCCAUCAGCAUGCCCUUCUCCUCCUUCCUGUCUCCUUCCGGUCACCUCCAUCCCCGUGAAGAUCUCCAGACCAUGUUCACCCUGGCUGGCGUCGACCUCUCCCACCCGCUCUGCGUGUCCUGUGGGUCGGGUGUGACUGCCUGCCACGUGGCCCUCGCCGCUCACGAGUGCGGGCACCCUGGGGUGUCUGUGUACGACGGGGCGUGGUCCGAGUGGUACACCCGCGCCGUGCCUGAGCAUGUGAUCUCUGUGGGGUUUGGGAAACACUCCCCUGUGUUUGAAUGAGGGAGGAAGAGGAAUGUGUGCUUUUGGAUGGGGAGGGAGAGGAAGCUCGCUGUGAUUGGCUGAUUAUUGGACAAUAGUUAGAACCUGCCUUACCCCCACCCCGUAGCCACAGAUCUAGGAUCAGCGUACCCUCAAUUCUUAAGGAGCAAUGUAAAACUAGCCUUAGGUCAGUGUCUAGGGGUAACUGUAUCCUACUGUUUGGACAAGAGGGGGUUGGUGACGAUCACAUGUCAUAGAAGGUCAGUUGGAGUUUGAAUUCACGUCAGUUUGUCAGUCUUUCAUUAAAGCCUUAUCAUUCACACCAGACAAUGACAUCACUCAUUUCCUCAACACGAGGGGAAGUGGGUGGCCCCACUGGACAAUCCAGUACCUCUGCUAAACAGUGUGUGGGUCUGGUCCUCACGUAUAGAUGGAUGGGGCUGAACCCCACACGCCUACACAAACCUUAAGACAUUCUGUAGUCAUAUCAAUAUUGUAAUGUCACUGAUUUUAAUUUUAAUUGUGAAUAACAUGGUUGAAUUCUUGUACACAUCUGAUAUUAAAAAUAAGUUCUAUAAUAACUAUUAAGCCUCUCUUUGCUGUAUAAAUAAAGUACCUGUAUAUGGUU